ACCAAACAUACGAUGUGAGCAACGACAGUAGUAGCAAGCAGCAGACUGUGUGUGGACUGUGUCCUAAUUCUGCUGCACGGCUUCCUCAGAUAAAACCUUCAGUCCCAGUGGAGAGAGAGAGAGAUCCCCCUCUUUUAGCAAUUCCCGAUUCCCAAGUGAGUCUGAGUCACCAAAAAAGAAAAAAGAAAAAAAGAAAAAAAGAAAAACGGAAAACAAAAUUAAAGUAAAGGUAAGGAAGUAAUAAAGGUAGUUAUAAUAAAUGGAUGUAGUAGCCUUCGGUAUCAUAAUCGGGAUAAUAGUUCUCUUCUUAAUCAUUGUUUGCUUCAUCACUAUUGAAGGCACCUGCAAACGACGCAACACCUAGUCUCCUUAAUCCCACUCCACCCAAACACGCCCUUAAUUUAAUUGCCCCCUCCCAAACAAAACAAACAAAAAAAAAAAAUGGCGUUGCUUCCGAGACAGAUCGGUGGUGCUGUGUUGGUAACUGCUUUGGUUGUUGCGCUGAGCUGUUUGGAUCUGAGCUUCGGACACGAAUCCCAUGCUUACCACCACCACUGUGAUCAUGGCCACCACCAUCGUCAUCAUGAAGAGGAGCGUUUGGCGUCUAAGCUACUUCCCGAGGAGUUGGCUGAGGAGGAGGAUAUGAGAUUGUAUGGAUUCGGCUUCGAACACGAUCGUAUUCUCGACCGUUUUGCCUUUUCGGACCUCUCCGGCUUAGGUCUUUGGGUAAAUGCAUUGGGCUGCUCUCUUUUGGUGAGCAUGGCUUCUCUUAUAUGCCUGAUUAUCCUGCCGUUGAUAUUUGUACAAGGGAAACCAUCCAAGGUGGUUGUUGAUUCAUUGGCUUUAUUUGGGGCAGGAGCUAUGUUAGGAGAUGCUUUUCUUCACCAAUUACCACAUGCUUUUGGUGGUGAACACUCCCACUCGCAUGAUCACCAUGCAGAGCAUGAUCAUCACGAUCAUUUUGGACAUGAGCCAUCACAUUCGCAUUCUUUGAAAGACCUUUCUGUAGGAAUUUCCAUUCUGGCUGGCAUUGUAGUUUUUCUUCUUGUAGAGAAGCUAGUGAGGUAUGUUGAAGGUAACUCUGGAGGAGCUCAUGCAUGGGGUCAUGGUCAUCACCACCAUCAUCAUAAGGGCAGUAAGAAAUUGAAGGAUGACAGUGAUUCUACUGACAUUAAGCAGUCACAAUCUUCUGAUGGAAAAGAUGGAAAAACGUUGGAGAUGUCAUCUGAAGGAAAGGUGUCAGAUGAAGUGUCAAAUGACUCUUUGAAUGGAGAUGAUCUGAAGCAUGAAUCUCUUCGGAAGAGAACUGCUGCUGGUGCUAGAAAAGAUGAAGCCGAUGUAGAUACUGCAAAUGGCUCCGCUGAUGAUACUCAUUCAAUGGAGAAGGAUGAUACUCAUUCAAAAGAGAAGGAACCUGCUCAAUCACCAUCGAAUCUUGUGUUCGGUUAUCUCAAUCUCUUUUCUGAUGGUGUUCACAAUUUCACUGAUGGGAUGGCUCUAGGAAGUGCUUUCCUUCUUUAUGGAUCUGUUGGUGGUUGGUCUAGAACUCUGUUCUUGCUGGCACACGAGCUUCCUCAAGAGGUUGGUGAUUUUGGCAUUCUUGUGAGGUCUGGUUUCAGUGUAUCCAAAGCUCUCUUUUUCAACUUCCUAUCAGCGCUGGUGGCACUAGUAGGAACUGCAAUGGCUCUGCUCUGGGGUCAAGAUCCAGGGCAAUCAUCUUACAUUGAGGGAUUCACAGCCGGUGGAUUUAUAUACAUUGCAGUAGCUGGAGUGCUUGCAGAAAUGAAUAGCAACAGCAACACAACAUUGAAAAGCACAGCAAUCCAUAUAACCUCACUGAUACUGGGCAUGGCUGUUGCACUUUGUAUUUCCCUUGUAGAAUGAUUUUUUUUACUAGUUAUAUAGGGUCGUUUGGUAACGUUGUUUGUAUUUUUUGAAAAUAUUUAUGGAUAAAAAAAUGUGUGAAAAUACGUGUAAUAUUGUUUAAAAAUUAGAAACAUGUGUUUAUCCCAAGAAACUACACUACGUACACAUGUACAUUAGCGGAAGAUUUUUAUAUUUAUUAAAGCAUAUUCAACA